AUGUCCUCAAACGUCGGCCUUUCCACUCCGCGUGGAAGCGGAACUUCUGGAUACGUCCAACGCAACCUUUCCCUCCUGAAGCCGCGCGACCGAAGCUAUGGCGCUCCCUUCCAGCCAGACGCGGAUGCCGACGAACGGCACACAUUCAAGCAGCGACAGCCGGACAAGCAGAUCCUAGAACAUGAUCGACGGCGACAAAUCGAAGUCAAGAUCCUAGAGGAGAGGGAUAGGCUGGAGGAAGAGAAUGAGGAGUUGGAGGAGCGUGGGGAGGAAGCCGACGAAGGUACCGAUGGUGAAAAGGGUGCUAGUGAACGGAAAAAGUAUAAGUUAUCGGAAGGAGAGAUCGAGCAGAGACUUGACGAGCUGCGCGCGCGGUUAACCAGGGAGCUGGAGGAUGAAUUGGCGGGAAGAUCUGGUUCGGAUCCGAGGGAUAGAGAUCGUUUCCGUGGGGAGAAGAGGAAGCAGGGCGAUUCUGGUGGUGAUGGGAGGGGCAAGAGGCAGUUUAAGACGUACCAGGUGCAUGAGUUGGCGGAGGCGAAGAUCGAGGAGAGUGAACGGUUUAGAAGGGCGCUGGGGAUCAAGGCCGAUGGAGAAGAUUCUCCGAGGACUGGAGGCAGAAGGAGAGAUUGGGAUAGGCCGGGUCGAGAGGAUGGGGGAGAUGGGAGAGAUGGAAGGUAUAGGGAAGAUAGAGAAGAAAGAAAUGGCGGAUACAGACGAAGAUAUGACAGGGACGAGCCAAGAUGA